GGGGAAGGAACACACUGCCAUACUGAAGUGUCCCAUUAGAGGUCCAUUUGAACCAAGUUUAUGCCUGGAGCUUCAUUUAUUUAACUGCUGCCAUGUGGAAGGAAUCUAACAAUGAUGAUGCCAAACCUGUAGCGUCCAGUGGUGGCUCUUCUCGUAGCACUAGCCGCAGGAAGAGGACCAGCUUCUCCAAAGAACAUGUGGAGCUCCUUCGUGCCACCUUCGAGACUGACCCAUACCCUGGCAUCAGCCUCAGAGAGAGCCUGUCCCAGACGACAGGCUUGCCAGAGUCACGCAUCCAGGUGUGGUUUCAGAACAGAAGAGCUCGCACUCUGAAGUGCAAAGGAGCCAAUAAAACACUGUGGCAGUCUGAGAGCCCAGUCACUUCACCUCAUGCUGGAGCCAACAGGGGUCUACAGGAUGGUACUAUCCCUGUCCUGCCCCAGGGUCCCUCACCAUCCCACCCAGCCCAGGUGAAGGAGGAGAUGGAGGAGGUCUGUUAUUAUGGACAGUGUCCUCCAGCUUACUCCACCACUGAGGAGCAUGGACCAUACAGCUUCAUUUAUGGGUGCCAGCAGGGGAGACCACUAGGCAGCAGCUCUAGCCCACCCCCAAGGGGCUACUGGUGCCAGCCAGGCAGCCAAAGCACUCCUGUACCACCGCUGUGGUGCCGGUCUCCCUUGGAUACAAGACCCUACAGCUUGGGCUCCAACCAGGCAGCAGCCUUCAUAUAUCCAGGAUCAGCAGAGCAGAUGUACAUGGCCUCCUCAGCCUCCCACUCCUCCACCCCAGACACCCCUGAUUCUGGAUACUGGGACAUCAAUCUGGAGAACAGCCCACCACAACAAGGCCAGUACUCACAGCUGGAUGAUUCAUGGAGUGGGGCUGCUCUGGCAGGCUGCAGGAAGUCCAGACAUCCGGGGGUGGUCCAGUACGUGCCCCUACCUGAGCUGUCCCUGCAGGAGGUCCUGGGUGAGCUGGAUGAGGACUGGCUGGGAGGAGAAGGACUGGGCAACCAUGCCACUGAGGAGAAAAUGGCUUUCUGCUGAUGACUGUAUUAUUAGGAUUUACAAUGGACAAUUAUAAGUCAAAUGUAUUACCUUGAUUUUAGUGAUUUGAGUGUUGCUUCUGAGAUGCAUA